GAAAAAGAAAAAACCUUAACCACAAACACCUGUGGGUUCUUUUGUGUGACAUAAGUCCGUAGUAUGUGCACGGCCGGAAAGGAGCGAAGAUUGAGAGCCGGUUAAGUUUGUGUGAUGAUCGAUCCCCAAACCGGCUAUGAGGAGGGUGACAGUUUGGGGAUCGCUGUGCCUGCUGUUUCUAAUGUGGAUGAUUACUACCGGUGUGCAGGCCGACCCGCAACUCAUGGGACAGUGCUAUGCGUUCUGCGUGACCCGCUUCGUCGACCAACCGAAAACAAGGCAGUUGGAUACACAGGGAGACGUGUUCAGAAAACGAGGAAGGCACGAAGAUAAACCUGGCCUCAUACAGAUUUGUCGAAGAAAGAAGCAAUGCAAAUUUUGUUUGUUUGCUUGUGACCGCCCGUCUGUCAACUACACCUCUCUACAACUGUGUAUCCAGGACUGCAAGCACCCGUACUUCUCUCGCGACCAGGCGAUCGAGGAGUGCCAGGUGGGCUGUCAGUUCCUGUCCAACGCCGCGUCCGCCAAAGUGGGCAAGUGUCCCGCCAAAUCGGCCAUGUCGGGUUUCGCCACGGCGUGUGUGGAGAACUGCCACAGGGAUCGCGACUGUCUUGGCAGUAAGAAGUGUUGUGAUAACGGGUGUGGCUUCACCUGCCAGAAACCUGUACUCAGUCAGAUGCUACCUAAGAAACCUCAGCACGUGCAGUUCAGCACAAGGAAGGACGGCAACGUCCUGGUCCAGUGGAAGUCGAUGCCGGGGUUAGAUGAUGGCCUCAUUGUGGAGCCCGUGUUCUACAUCGUCCGCUGGUGGAGAACAUUUAGUCACAGCGUCAACAGCAAAAUCACAGACCGUCCUCUGUUGAAGAUUCGCCACAUCCCUCCCUCCAGCAGCAUCAGCGUCAUUGUCGCCUCCGUCAACGUCCACGGCUCCAGAGGCUUUACGCGCGUCAAAACGUAUAUCAAACAAAUAACGAAACCGUCCGAGCCAAACAAUUUUGAUGAGACAGGGUUCAAGGUUCACGACUCCACAGUGGAUGUUACGAUUGAGUGGCAGCCUCCCAGCAGGACGGACGGACUACCAGUGGCUCGCUAUCAGGUGUUUUGGAGUGACGGACUACCAGCAGCAAGUCCGAGCUAUCAGAGACUGAACAUGUACCGGAAAUCUGUCUCACCGGACCAGAACCAUUUUAUACUGAGGAAUUUGACGCUUGGCACCAGAUACUUUGUUCAGGUUCUGGCGACUAUACGAUGGCGCGGAAAGAUUCACCGCGGGCGGAGAGCAUCGAUGUACAUCCUCACAUACCGUCCCCCGAAAUCUGCUGAAGAGCUGGGCCAGGUGCACCGUGGCGGGAAGCCGAAAGUCGAGUCCCCGGUGUAUGACGUACAGGUAGACGAGACGUUCUACCACGAUGGAACACUCAAAGCAAGCAUUUCGUGGAAAACAAUUCACGGUACUCCAAUUGAGAAGUUUCUCAUUUACUGGAAUGUGGUUAAAUGUCCCAGAAAGUUUAAAGAGUUGAUGAUGUCUCACUUUGCCAAGACUCAUGACGCAACUACACAUAAAAGGAAGUUUGAUCUGUUCAACCUGCACUACAAAUGCGAGUACGAGGUUCAAAUCCACCCCGUGGACAAGACGGGGGCCAUGUUACCGUCCACUAUGACCCACGUGAAGACCCCUGCCUGCAGACACAUCAGUGUGAAGGGGAUCAUCAAACCAGACUGUCGGCAGCAAGUUUUCCAGCCACCUGGUCGACCACCCGAAAUAGGCAUUGACGUUUCUGUCGACGGCUGCGUCAUCAAUGUGCUAGUGUCAUGGGAACAGCCGUCGUCAUACUGGCCAGUGACUGGCUACCUGGUGCUAUGGGGCGAGACGGAGGCUAACGGGGAUUUGGCCUCACAUAUUGUAUAUAAUAAUAGUCAGCAUAAAACAUUUAUCUCAGGGAACACGACAACGCUGUUGUUGCAAGGUCUGGACGAGAGACGUCACCACACGGCGCAGAUCUGGGCCAGGUCGAGAAUCGGGGACGGGCCGAGAACAGUGAAACAUUUUACCACACCAAAGUUAACGCACUGCUUACGACAAGCUUUAGACAGUGGCACACCCACUAGCAGAGAAGUUUCUUCAAACCCAGCAGUAUUCUCAACCACGCAGUCAGUGCCACAACCAACGCAAAAAACUACCAGCAUUGAAACCCCGCCCAGUUCCGGGAACAGAGUGUCAAUCACGGGAUGCCUUUUAGUGGGCGUGGUUUUGUGCUACUUGUAUCUGUGAAACAAUUUCUCCAUUCUGUUAAUUACAAACGUCACAAGUCAUCUGGUCAAUGCAAAAACUAAACAAAAAACAUGUUUUAUUCUCUGAACUCAAAACAUGGCGAGAAUGUCUUUCUUAGUGAAAUAUUUAUUUAAUGUUUUAAUAUCUGUUAUUCUUUGCGUCGGUUAUUUUUAAAGUGUCUUGUCUUUGUUAAGUUGGAUCAUACGUGUAUGCUGAAAGACAAACCAAAAUGGCCAACCAAUAAGUUCUAAACACACCAGAAUUGAAUGAAUGGAUGGAUGGAUGGAUGGAUGAAUGAAUGAAUGAAUGAAUGGAUGGAUGGAUGGAUGGA